UUUUUUUUUUCCCACGCUCUUUCUCCUGUAAUCUAUUCUUACUUCUAGUUAAUACUACAGAUUAUUUUUGAAAUCAACUCUUGAACGUCAUUUAUUGAUUACUAUUAAUCUUAAUUUUAAUAUAGAAAGGAAAAGGAAAAGCUAAAGAAUAAGAAGAAAAUGUCCUUACAAAUCCCAAAAGAGCUGCUGCAAAUCAAUCAGAUGAGAAGAGAAUCUACUGUUCUUGGUCAAAUGAACAAGAUUUUGGUUGCUAACAGAGGUGAAAUUCCAAUUAGAAUUUUCAGAACUGCCCAUGAACUUUCCAUGCAAACAGUUGCUAUCUACUCCCAUGAAGAUAGAUUGUCAAUGCAUCGUUUGAAGGCAGAUGAGUCUUAUGUCAUUGGUAAGAAGGGUCAAUUCUCUCCAGUGCAAGCUUAUCUUCAAAUCGAUGAGAUUAUCAAUAUAGCGAAAACCCACAACGUGAACAUGAUUCACCCUGGUUAUGGUUUCCUUUCUGAAAACUCGGAAUUUGCUAGAAAAGUCGAAGAAGCAGGAAUUGCUUGGAUUGGACCAACCUAUAAGACCAUUGAUGCUGUUGGUGACAAGGUUUCUGCCAGAACCUUGGCCAUCAACAACAAUGUUCCAGUUGUUCCAGGUACCCCAGGUCCAAUUGACAACGUUGAAGAAGCCCAGAAGUUUGUUGAAGAGUAUGGAUACCCUGUUAUUAUCAAAGCUGCCUUUGGUGGUGGUGGUAGAGGUAUGAGAGUGGUUAGAGAAGGUGACGAUAUAAGCGAUGCCUUCAACAGAGCCACUUCCGAAGCUAAAACUGCCUUUGGUAACGGUACUUGUUUCAUUGAAAGAUUUUUGGACAAACCAAAGCAUAUUGAAGUUCAAUUAUUGGCUGAUAGUUACGGAAAUGUUAUUCAUUUGUUUGAAAGAGAUUGUUCUGUUCAAAGAAGACAUCAAAAGGUUGUUGAAAUUGCUCCAGCUAAGAACUUACCAAAGGAAGUCAGAGAUGCUAUUUUGACCGAUGCAGUUAAGUUGGCUAAGAGUUCUAACUAUAGAAAUGCUGGUACUGCUGAAUUUUUGGUUGAUGAACAAAACCGUCAUUACUUUAUUGAAAUCAACCCAAGAAUUCAAGUUGAACAUACUAUCACCGAAGAAAUCACUGGUGUUGAUAUUGUUGCUGCUCAAAUUCAAAUUGCUGCUGGUGCUUCUUUGCAACAAUUGGGAUUGUUACAAGACAAAAUUACCACUAGAGGUUUUGCUAUCCAAUGUAGAAUCACAACUGAAGAUCCUACCAAAAACUUUCAACCAGACACCGGUAAGAUUGAAGUUUACAGAUCUGCAGGUGGUAACGGUGUUCGUUUAGAUGGUGGUAACGGAUUUGCUGGUUCAAUCAUCUCCCCCCAUUACGAUUCUAUGUUGGUAAAGUGUUCUUGUUCUGGUUCUACAUUUGAAAUUGCUAGAAGAAAGAUGUUGAGAGCCUUGAUUGAAUUUAGAAUUAGAGGUGUUAAAACUAACAUUCCUUUCUUGUUGGCCUUGUUGACUUAUGACACUUUCAUUAGUGGAAAUUGUUGGACUACCUUUAUUGAUGACACUCCAUCUUUGUUCCAAAUGAUUUCUUCUCAAAACAGAGCCUCCAAGUUGUUGAACUAUUUGGGUGACUUGGCAGUCAAUGGAUCUCAAAUUAAGGGUCAAGUUGGUAACCCUAAGUUGGAAACUGAAGCUUUGAUUCCAGAAUUGCACGACCCAAAGACCGGUAUUCUUAUCGAAUUGAACAACCAAGUUGCUCCAAGAGGUUGGAGACAAGUUUUACUUGAAGAUGGUCCAGAUGUAUUUGCCAAGAAGGUUAGAGACUACAAGGGUACUUUAAUCAUGGAUACCACUUGGAGAGAUGCCCAUCAAUCCUUAUUGGCUACCAGAGUCAGAACAAUCGACUUGCUUAACAUUGCUCCAACCACCGCUUAUGCCUUGAAUGGUUGUUUUGCAUUGGAAUGUUGGGGUGGUGCCACCUUUGAUGUUUGUAUGAGAUUCUUGUUUGAAGAUCCAUGGGCUAGAUUGCGUCAAUUGCGUAAGUUAGUUCCAAACAUUCCAUUCCAAAUGUUGUUGAGAGGUGCCAAUGGUGUUGCUUACUCUUCUUUACCAGAUAAUGCUAUUGAUCAAUUUGUCAAGGAAGCUAAGGACAACGGUGUUGAUAUCUUUAGAGUUUUCGAUGCUUUGAAUGACUUGGAACAAUUGAAGGUUGGUAUUUCUGCUGUUAAGAAGGCUGGUGGUGUUGUUGAAGCCACUGUCUGUUAUUCCGGUGACAUGUUGCAACCAGGUAAGAAGUACAACUUGGACUACUACUUGGGCUUUGUUGACGAAGUUGUCAAGAUUGGUACCCAUUUCUUGGGUAUCAAGGAUAUGGCUGGUACUUUGAAGCCAAAGGCUGCAAGAAUUUUAGUUAGUGCCAUUCGUGAAAAGUACCCAGACUUGCCAAUCCAUGUCCAUACUCACGAUUCUGCUGGUACUGGUGUUGCUUCCAUGACCGAAGCUGCCAGAGCUGGCGCCGAUGUUGUUGAUGCUGCUUCUAACUCCAUUUCUGGUAUGACUUCUCAACCAUCCAUCAAUGCCAUCUUGGCUUCUUUCGAGGGUGAAAUUGAAACUGGCUUACAAGAAUCGUUGGUUCGUGAAUUGGACAACUAUUGGGCUCAAAUGAGAUUGUUAUACUCAUGUUUCGAAGCCGACUUAAAGGGUCCAGAUCCAGAAGUGUACCAACACGAAAUUCCAGGUGGUCAAUUGACCAACUUGCUUUUCCAAGCUCAACAAUUAGGUUUGGGAAGCAGAUGGUUGUUAACUAAGGAAACUUAUAAGAUUGCCAACAAAUUGUUGGGAGACAUUGUCAAGGUUACUCCAACUUCUAAGGUUGUUGGUGACUUGGCCCAAUUUAUGGUUUCAAACAACUUGACUGAAGAAGAUGUUACCAAGUUGGCCUCAGAAUUGGAUUUCCCAGAUUCUGUUUUGGAUUUCAUGGAGGGUUUAAUGGGUACUCCAUAUGGUGGAUUCCCAGAACCAUUGAGAACUAACGUUUUGGGUAACAAGAGACCUAAGUUGACUACUCGUCCAGGUCUUAACUUGAAGCCAGUUGACUUUGUUGCAAUUAAGGAAGAAUUGACUUCCAGAUACACCAGUGUUACUGAAUGUGACAUUGCUUCAUACGUCAUGUAUCCUAAGGUUUUCGAACAAUUCAAGAAGACUCAAGAAAACUAUGGUGAUUUGUCUGUCUUGCCAACUAGAUUCUUUUUAAAAUCUCCAAAGAUUGGUGAAGAGAUUGUUGUUGAAAUUGAACAAGGUAAGACUUUGAUUAUCAAGUUGCUUGCAGUUGGUGAAAUUUCUCAACAAACAGGUUGUAGAGAAGUUUUCUUUGAAUUGAAUGGUGAAAUGAGAUCCGUCACUGUUACUGACAACACAGUUUCAAUUGAAACCAAGACCAGACCAAAGGCAACUCAACCAAAUGAAGUUGGUGCACCAAUGUCUGGUGUUGUUGUUGAAGUCAGAACCAAGGAAGGUACUGAAGUAAAGAAAGGUGACCCAAUUGCUGUCUUAUCUGCCAUGAAGAUGGAAAUGGUGAUCAGUGCUCCAGUCUCUGGUAAGGUUGGUGAAGUUCUUGUUAAGGAAGGUGACUCUGUUGAUGCUAGUGACUUGAUUGCUAGUAUUCAUCAAUAGACUCUGAAGGUGUUGUAUAUUUAUUUCGAUACAUAGCAAACAC